UAUGGACUCGUCGUCUUCAGUUGUUGAUAAUCUAGAAAGAGAGAAACAGAUAAUUAUACUUACGUUAAAAUACUUGUCGGAAAAAUCUACUUUUGGUUUAAUAGAAUUUGCCAAAUAUUCCAAAACAGUAUGGAAUUCCGACAAAAGACUUCACAACGAAAGGAUUAGAUCUGAAAUGGUUCAUAAAAUUGAAAAUAUGAGACCUAAACCUUUGAAUUGGACUCGUUCAACAAAAAUAAAUACUGGUUUGAAUGUUUAUUUACACGAACCUGGUCACUUGGAACGAUUACAGAGAUUAAAAGAACAAGAUAAUCUACCAAUAAUCCUUGUUGUUAUAAGCGAUGGAGAGUUUAAAGAAAAUACAUACAAUUUAAAUUUUGGAUUUAGUAAACUACUAGCGGCAAAGAAAUCUAAUAAAAUUGAUAAGAUCAUCUUCUUUAAAGUUGAUAAUCAAACGUUUGAAUCGUGGAGAUUUGUUCUUCCUCUAAUCGAGGAUCAUACAUCUAUUAUUAUUAAUAAUAAUACACAAAAUUUAAAUAAGACAUUGGUUAAUGUUUGGUUCGAAGCUUGUGGAAGACCACCCCCUGUUACUGAACCAACUUGUCCAGCUCAUUGUCGGGAACCGUGCGACAAAAUAUGCCCAAAAAAAACUUGGCUAGAACAUUUGGAUAUAUUAUUCUGCGUUCCACUCUACGGAACUGAUGCAAAGUUGAAUAGCUACGAAAGAAUUAUUACGGAUAUUCUUGAUCAUUUUAAAAAGUUCAUCCGAAAGAAUUCAGUUCAUAUAUCAUUACUUCGGCAAGAUUGCCAUCCUUGGGGAUUUACCUUUCAUGAGGGUUUUGCCAUGCUAGAAGAUAAAAAAAUUGAACAUAUUCAAAGAAUCCACAGUCAAUUUAGAGUAGAAGAAAGUAUACAUAACGCCAAUGAUCAAAUGGCAAAACACACUUUACAGCAAUAUUCUCAUCCACCAGAGCAUGGCCAAAUUUCAGUCAUUUUUAUAUCAAAUCCCCAAGCUCUUCGGCAGAAUGAUUAUCAGGUAAAAGUCGAUACGAAAUUUUUAUAUAAAAAAAUUAGUUAA